AUGAAGCAUGUGACUGUCUGGGAGUUCCUAUUCCUCCUCUCUUCUUGUCGGCUCUGCCUACAGUGGACGUCAGCAACCCCCCAGUUUCCUUCUGUUUAUAAACCAUGGCAAGAAGGAGAAGGACCUCAGCAGGAGAACUGGGGCUUAGGAACUGGCUUAUCGGAAGAAAACAAUUCCAUCCAGGGAGGGAUUUCACACGCAUCUCCUAACGCCGCAGAGGGCGGUACCGGGAACGUAGAGGCGCCAGCACCACCAGUUGAUAACGCUGCGAGCGUAUUCCCUGCCAGUGUUCAUACGACUGGAGGACCGAAACUGGCUUCGAAGGUUGCGGCCAUUGGCUUCUCCCUGCUGAUUUUUUAUUUGGGUCUGUUUACCUUCUUGACGAGGGGCGAGACGCCUCCUCCAACGCCAAUCGAAGCUCCGUCGACCCCAGCCGAGCUACCUGCUGAGGAACAGCCGCUGGAAGUCAGGCUGAGAAAUAUCUCAGAAGCUGCUCAUACUUCGAAGGUAAUCGCUGACGUUAUCGGCACACCAUAUGCCUUAACCUUGCAAUCCGAAAUCGAGAGGGCCGUGGAAGAGUUGAAAGAACCACAAGAAGAGCAUGCUUUGGAGGAGAACUUGAAGGCCGCCAAUAGGCGAAUAGGAGACCUGAGUGAGUUGGGGAGAGAAUACGUGGGAAGUCUCGCAGCCAAACACGCCUCAACGGUCGUGUUCCCUGUGCUGACUGUUAAGGACGGAGACAAAGAUGUGCCGCUUGUAGAACUCGUUAAUAUGUACGAUGACAACACGGUGGUGCGAUCCGCUUUCACUGCUUUCGAGUCUCUGCGGGAGGAAUUCAAAAGUACUUCCGAGUUCAUUUCGCAGCUCAGCGAUGAACUCCGCAACGGUCCUGCCUACGAAACUGAACAGGACCGAGCUGAGUUGGAACAUCUGGCUGGCGGAGUCGGAUACCUCACAGCCCUGGUAGAGACAGGAUCUCGUAGUGUAACGGUGGCUUCACGGCUGAAGAGUGUAGUGGUUGAAGGCAUGCACGCGCUGAUGUGUCGCGAAGUGAAAGAUGCGGUGUUGAGUUUCGAGAGCGACUGCGACAUGUUCCAAGCUGUGCAAACCGUGAUGAAGAGGAGUGAGCCGCCUCCGACGACAGACCCCUCCGACUACCUUAAUGCAUGCAAUUCUCUAGAGAAAAGAUUAGCUGAAUUGCAAGGGGUAGGAGAUGAGAUGAACGCGCAGAUGGAGGAGUUGCAGCGGAGCCGGUCUCUGCAGUCAGCGUAUCAGGCGACUGUUGAGUUUGGACAAACCAUGGACCAAGCGGAGGGUGGGCUGAGGAACGCAUUUGACAUUGUAACAGGUGUAGGGGUCGAUCUUGAUGUCCUCCAAAAGGGAAGCCCCGAUCUCAUUCCCGAUAAAGUUGCUCUUCAAUACGCUCUCGUCUCCCAAGAGUCUCGCAGCAUUCUGGACAUGCUGCAAGAACUCGGUACGCGAGUCGAGAAACUCCGCGCGGACAGAGUCAAUGCUCCUAGCGAUGAUGUUGUUGAGCUGAGUGCUGACCCACUUGCUACCAUGUUGACUGAAAUGUACGGAAUUGAAAGUACAGCAGAGGGCGUCCUGGCGAGCGCCAAAGAACAACAGCAGGCGCUUACCGAGAUGGCGGGUGAACAGGAUAUUGCAGCGCAUAUUCGUGAGUACACAAGUCGACUUGCGGCUCUGCAGAGGGCGAAGUCUUCAGCGCGAAUGUUGAGUGCGGAGGUUGCGUUUUUUCUUGCCCUUGAAGAAGAGCUCAAACGGCAAGUAGACAUAGCUGCGGAGGCCGCAAACUUCAACUUUCCCGUACAGUCUUCUUUUGGAAAGAAGAUGCGCCGCCUAGAAGAGCUCUUCAGUGAAGCUGUCAGUGAAGCAAUAGGCGCCAAGGUGCUCACGAACGUAGAGGAAUGUUUGGCGAAAACGAGAGGCCUUCUUGAAACCAUGGGCCAGCUAAUUCGGGUAUCGCUGGCGCGAACCUGA